AUGCAGUCACGUCAUUCUGACAGUCCAGUUGAAAUCCUGCUGAUAGGCAUCCAGACCUCCUUCAUCCGUGAACGGGGCAGCCGGCACGUCAGGAAAAAUGGGGCUAGCUAUCCCCUGCGCGCCGAACGCCACCUGGGCCACGCCUUCCGUCUCCGCGAGGCCCACGGCGGCCCGCUAGGUGUGCGAGGAGAACAUGGUCUUGAAGAGCGCGCCGCCUUCGCGCUCCUGCUCGAGCGCGCGGACGACAGUGGGCUCGGGCGCGGCGCGGGCGAGCCGCGGUUAGACAGCAAAUGCGCGCGUGCGGAGCGCGGGCGUGGACGGGCGCACGAGAAGGAACUUGAGGGUGGAGGGGACCGCGGCGAGCCGCGUCAUGUGCACGUUGAGCGUGAAGGACUCGAGCGCGGUGAGCGGGAUGAACGCGCCGCGGUGGUCCGCGCUGCUGCUGCCACCAGCAUCGGAGUGGGUUGCGCCGCCCACCCCUUCGCCGGCGGGCGCCACGGGGGCAGGCACGGGGUCUACGGUGAGGAUUUCAACGAGGGGCAGAAGGAGGAGAUGGAGAACCGAAUGCCGGCGUCAGGGGGCGGCAAGAGACGACAAGCAGAGGGUGGACGGAGGGUGAGCGGACGAGAGGAGCAAGGCGGGGCAUGGCGAAGAUGGUGGUCGGAGGAACGAAAUGUACCGACACAGGCUCGCACACGGGUCCGUGUCACGGGGAUGCGUGGGACGGUCACGUGCCGAUGCGUUCCAUACCUGAGUCUGCGCGUCUCGACCUGCUUCGCGCGUGCCGUGACCGGUCGCGUCUCCGUCUCCGUGUCCGGGCCUACCUGCAGCAUGGCCCGGCGUGGAUGUUGCCCCCUCAACGGUUCAGGCGAGCUAGCCUCGUGUCCACGAGGGGGCUUGGAGACGCGCAUGUGGGGGACUUUGCGUCCCCCACAGGUCCUGGAGCUUCGUGCUCCAGAGGUACGCGUCAACUCGCAUUUCACUUCCCACGGAAAACAUACACCGCUCCAUCGGACACCACUGCAUGGCAGGACCGGUGCACGCUAUAGCACACGCGUCGUGACAACCCCUCGAAUGGGCAAGAACUCGCCCAACACAUCGCGUUCCCCCACGAGUGCCUACAGUCGCUCACGCAAUUGCAGGGCACUUGGACAGUGUGUGGGCAAAGCUCGCAGCACGACAUUGUUGGAGUGGUGGAGGACGAGGCAGAAUGUCAAGGUGCACCGCGGGCACGCUUCUCUCAAGAUGUAUCAAGCACGGUGGAUGAAGGGAAGGCUCAGCUGGGGAAGGGGAGCUCGAGGCCUCCGUUUGGGGCUACUAGUUGCAAAUAGUAGCCUCAAAUGGAGUGUGCUCAACAGCGCCCUCACAUUUAUUGUUUGGGAAAAAGGAAAGUGUAUAGCCAUUGGUGUCCGAUAUGUAGCGCUCCGUAGCCUGGCCCUGGCCCGCCUUGUUGGUGUAUCGCCCGUGCCCACGCCUCCUGCCUCGCCCACGUUGCCCACUUGCGCCCACGUGAUCUGCGUCAUUUACCAACCUCCUCCUCCUCACCCACAUCGCCCACAUUCCCCGCGUCUCCCCCGCAUCACCCGCACUGGACACGAUAGCACCCCCAAAGCCCAAUGCACGCACAGGUGGAGAGGCUCGUCCGGUAUCUUCGCGCAACACAUGCGCAUCCCUACGAGUUUCAUUGAGCGUUCCCAAACAGAUGCUACAAACUGGCGGCCGCCACAGCUCCCGGGGCCGCGUCCUCAAGGCCUCAGGCCUCAGGCCUCAACGCCCGUCGAGCACUCCCAGUCUGAGCCUCGCGUGGCGCGGGCGCACUCUCCCAAUCAGCGCCUGAAGCUUGCGGGAGUCGGAUGUGCCCAGGCCAGUGACUUAAAGGAAUUGGGUGAAAGCCAGAAACGCAGAGACUGCGUUGCCGCGCGCGCAAAGUAUGUGCGGACGACGGGGACGCGUCGAUCGCCCAUGUGGGGGAGUCUGGAGGAGGGGGGUGCGAAGUCUGGCGGACGGGCAACGCCGCCUGCACGGAGACGCGAGAUAGACGGGAGGUGGGACGCGAGCGACGAGCACAGUCGGGGAGAGACUUGCGGGAUCCCAGCCGAAACGCGAAGCCGAGCGGAGACGUGCGUCAUAGAGAUCACGGCGGCGAACGUCUGCGUACAAUCGGGACCGAUGGAUGGGGGAAAAGGCUUACGUGAAAUGAGCGCCGCGCGGGAGGAGGCGUUCCGGAUCUUCCGCCACGACGAGGGUGAGGAAUUCGUUCCCGGCGUGAUGAGGCACUCGCUGUCCGCCUCUCUAUUCGGCCGAUUAAUUCUCGUCGCGCCCACGAAAACGGGUGUGCUGUCGUGCGGAACUGAGCAAGGACGCGACAUGUUCCGCGUUCAAAUCGAUCGCGUGUCGCGGAGAAGCAGACAAUCUGAUGAAGAAGAGAAUAUGCUUAACACGACGGGGUGCCGCGGAGCAGUGAAAAAGAAGAAGAAAGGUCAAGAACACAUUGGGGGGGAACAGCGGAGGAUGAGAAGAGGGAAGGUGGUGGGGUACGGUAUGCUGCGGGAGAAACGCGCGACGGUCAUGUGA